AGAACGCUCGAAAACGGCUGGAAAUUCAACAACCUCCCUUUUCCUGCUUUUAUUCUCUGGCUGGCUGUUUACCUGUAAAUCUCUCCGAAAAAUGGAGCAACAGUUCUAUCAGCCCCUGUCGGCCGCGCUUCACACACCUCUCCAAGCGAACCACAAUCCCCAGCCACAUUACUCGUCAUACGCUUCUCAUGCCACGUCGUCGUCGAUGGCCAACGGUGCACAGCACACUGCCCAACAUAGUCGACAUCGCGAAGAAGAAGAGGAAGAGGAAGAUGAUGAAGAGGCAGCUGAAGAGGACGUCGACCACAGGGAUCAGCAAUCCAGCGUAAACUCCCCCCGCGUUGCGGCUGUGCAUCCUUCCAAAUCCGCUGGUCCCGCUCUAUCUACCGGCGCGCCGCAGUACGCCGUCCAGGCACAAGCGAAAGCGCAAGACGAAGACACCACUCAGGACCAAAACGCGUUAGACGACAGCAAACGCAAACCCGGUCGUCCUCGAGGUUCACGGAACCGAAAACCAAGGGCUUCAACCAGCACGUCAGGCAAGGCGCCAGCAGGCUCGCAGCAUCCAGGAUUCUAUCAGUAUCCUCCUGCUCCAGGAGGCUCUGUGCCAAACCAGCAUUUCUACGAUUUCCAAUGGCGCGCCCUGAAUCUAUGCACCGAGUUCUAUCAGGCUGCUGAGGAGCUGAUCUUCUCAACCAGCUUCCCACAGAAAAGCGCAUCACCCAUUGUCAUCGCACAGUGUUAUCAUGCAGGACCCGCGACAAAAGUCGAUCCUCUGGCAUUGAUUGCGGAAGCGAAGCGCGUUUGCGAUACGCUCCUAGCAAACCCUAGUCAAUUAGCUGGUCAACCACCACCUGCUGCACCUCCAGCUUACACCCCCAUCACAACAUUUGGAACUAUGGCACCUCCCAGUGCAGCCUCCGUGAACGCGCCGCCAAGCGCGACGAGUGCCGUCAAUGGCCCUCAGUCCUUCGUAAUACCACUUGGGGCUACGGCCUUGGCUCCUCCUCCAGGAUAUCCACCUCAGCCGUACUAUACCGCGACAUAUCCUCCGCCUGCGGGCUCGCGGUACCCAACUGCGCCGUAUUAUUACAACGCUGCUCAGCACCCGGGACCAUAUUAUGCUCCUCCAGCAGCUCAGAGUACCCCAGCGCCUAGCGCUGCUGCUGCCAUAAUACCUUCCCCUCCGCCUCCGACAGGCGCCGCUGCUGCUGCCCCUUCUGCGGCCACUACACAGGCACAACCUCUCACAGAGUCAUCAACUUCUGCCUCUGCAGUGCCCGCUCCUACUCUUGCACCCCAGCCGUCUACUUCCACUUCUACAUCCACAUCGGCGGCCCCUCCACCUCCCUCUCCAGCAUCCGGAUUGUCAGCGUUCAACGCCACCACGGGUAACGUUGCUCCGGGAGGAACUCAGGGCGCAUGGACAGAGGAGGAGACUGAGAGACUGAGGAAGUUGUCGGAACAAAGUAAGGAGAUAAAUGGUAACGGUGAUGUUGAAUGGGACUGGGUCGUUCAGCAGUGGGGCAAUACUCGAACGAGACACCAGAUUUUGCUCAAAGCCACCUCAUUAGGCCUCAAAGAGAGUACUACCCGAGGCACGAAGAGGAGAAGAGAGCCAGAUGCUACUCCUGAUGCGAGCACUCGCCAGCUCCCACCCCCACAACAUGCUCAGAGCCCUCUAAGUCAACCCGCCCACGUUCAAGCUUCUCAUACCCAACAGCAGCGUCCGCAGCACCCCCAGACGACCCACGCACAGCAGACCAGCUACGUUCAACCAGCUACCGUCAAUGUCCAAACUACAUCGCCUGCACAGAGCUCCACAGCUUCGAACCCACCCUCCGCUCAAGCUUCGCCGGCGACUCAGCCCAUUCGCCCGCCAUCAUCUUCGAUACAACAGUCGAUGAACCCUCAGCGCACAACAAGUCAGCCAUCUGCGACCUAUAGCCAUGCUUGGCCGAUGCCGACAAUCGCUUCGAGCUCUUCACCCAUCCUCACGCACACUCAGACACAUACUCAAGCUGACUCAUCACGUGCCAAUUAUUAUCGUCCUCCGCAGCCGCCGUAUGGCAGCACAGCGCAGUCGCCUACAACUCAGGCAGCUCGUCCUCCCUCGUCGCAUAGCAUGCAGCAGCAAUCAACACACCAGUAUAUGUACCGACCGCUGCAGAAUGGAGGCACGAUUGGGCGGAGAGAGAACGGGAUAUUAUUUACGCCCGCCUCCGGAUGCUUUAUUGCUCGAGUCCUGCACCUUGCCCGCACCCCGAUUCGCACGGUCGGUUUGUUCUGUUUCCGUACCCGAACUUGCGACUCAAGCUGUAUGCCUAGUCUGUCGUAUGUCGAUACAAACAGCGGACCAGCGCAGCUGAGUGGGCUGCAACAACAACAACAGCAGUCCAUUUCGCCACCGCCUGUUGUGAACCAAUCUGCGAGUGAGACGACCACCCAAGUCCAACAGCAUAAUCACCCGCAUGACCCGUACGCGGCGGCAUACCCGUCCUACUCGAACAUAGUGCCUUAUGGUACUCCGUACAACGCGGAGGUAAACACGCUGCCUCCAUAUUACCCACACGAAACCCCGCAACAUGCACAACCGGUCGGGCUUCACGAAGCCCAUGACAAACAUCAAAGUAUGCAGGACCAACGUCCACAUCCACCAAACCCGGUUCCAUCCCCAAGCCACCCACCAGUCUCUGGGCUCCCUCCGCCACGGAGCCAAGACACCACUCAAGUUGACACGACCUCGAUUCCCGCGAGCGAGUCACAGCAACGCUCUCCGAUUAGCCUUCAAGCCGCGAGUAUAGGGUCCCCACAUGACCUGCCACAACACAGGCCGUCGCCGCCCCAGCCCAUGGCUGUUGACUCGCCCAGCGGAUUGAAGCGCGUGUACGACGGCAACGGAGCUGCGAAUGAUGGGCAACACGCGAAGAGGGCUAGGCGGACGACAACUUCAGGGACAGGUGAUAGUGAGCUGGAAGUCUUGAGAGACGAGAGCGAGGUGGGGCCGUCAGGAGGGCCGAAGCAUUGGACAGAUGAGGAGAAAGGAAAGUUGUUCCACUGGAUGCUGGACGACGAGGAGAGGUGGGAGGCGUUCGGCACGAAGAUGAACACUGUCUUUCGAGAGGGCUCGGCGCAACUCUUCCAGUCACGCAAGUCAUUCACGGCGCUGAAAUCUUGCUAUCACCGUAAUCUGGAGAUAUUCAAACAGAUAUACGUCUUCGAGGGCUUCCUCGCCCGUGCUCCUGUCACGGCCGUUAGCCCACCGGGGGCCUCUAAUCCUGUACCAUCUUCGUCCACCAACGAAUCUCCAAACGCACACAUAGAUUACAACGAAAUUGCCUCGUUGCCCAUGCCUGCUGUUUUCGCGACCGCUACCGAGCGCCACAACUUCCUAGAGCGUAAACUAGAGACUGCCAAGGCCCUCAACGUCCCCGUGUCAAAUCUGACCAUGAAAGUCAUCGAUCAUUGGUUUGACACAGGCUGGUUUACGCUGUUCAAGAAGCGCUUUCAGGAGGACCCGAAGACUGGUCUGCCGGUGCCGCGAUAUGCGACUGACCGAGAUGAUGCUGACGCCGAUGCCGAUGCGGAAGGAGAAGUGGUGGACGAUGAGCAAGCUACUAGCGGCGGAGCCAACGCUACGGAAGCGCGACGUCGUCAUCUGGAUCCAAAUAGCUGUCUCAUUCCCCAACCCUUCCCCAAUCCAGUGGCAAUAUCUCGCUCAGUGACCUCAUUUCGUCUGCAGCGAGCAUCGCCACCACCUAUUACUCCCGUAGUAGCACCUGCUUCUGCGCAGCAGCUACACUUCUCCCAGGGCUCACCCCAUCUUCCACACUCUGCGCAAUCCUCGCCUCAACUACCUUAUGGGUAUCCAGCACAUGGACCAAUCCACCUUUACUCUCCACCGAACCUUGCGGCCGAGUACCAGAUGCAGCAGCAACAGCUGGUCCAUUUCCAGGUACAGACUGCCCAGACGCUCACGCACCUCACAAACCUCACGCAAACUCUCUUGGGCACCUGCAAUACACUCGUGGAGCUCGUGAGGGCACAAGCGGACGACGUACGUGUGCAGACUGAGCUGCUUAGGCACAGAGAGGAGAGGGAAGAAUUAGCUAAUCGUGGGACUGAUCGACUGAGUACGACCAGCUUCCACCCUGUCCAAAGUGAACCUAGCUCUUCUCGUGUUGGUCUCGGAGACCUGAUAGGCAGGGACAAUCGAGCUUCGCUUGCGACGGAAGUGCUCGCAAACCCACUUGUAGGGGACGAGGUGAAGCAUGCCGCAGCUGAAUACCUCAAGCGCAUUUUUCAAUAAGAUGAUUGUUGCUUCGUACCUUACAAAUUUUUUCUUUGUGGAACUAGUUUACUGUAUGCACCUAUGUAAUAUGCAACGGCUACUCCGAUCGCCACAAUGAAGAGGCGCUUGAGCUCCGAGUCGGGAGCUGCCGUGCAGUGUUCUAGAUCUUGUCUUGAACGUAUCUAUUCUUCAUGAUCACCUGGUGCUUCAUCUCAGUAUCCAG